AAGCAGCAGCAAAAGAAAACCUCAUGGAUCUUCACUCCAUUAGCUCCUCGGCUCUUAUUCUCUAUCUCAUUGUCUUCUCACUCAACUCAAAAGGUGUAUUCGGUGCUUCUUUCACAUUUGUCAACCGGUGUAGCUACACUGUGUGGCCUGGGAUAUUAGCAAAUGCAGGCAGUCCUCCACUCGACAGCACCGGAUUCGAGCUACCAAAAGACUCCUCUCGUUCCUUUCAAGCUCCAACAGGCUGGUCGGGUCGUUUCUGGGGUCGUACAGGCUGCAAAUUUGACGGAUCCGGUUCUGGCACCUGCGUGACAGGCGACUGUGGGUCCGGUCGGACGGAAUGCAACGGACUCGGAGCUGCUCCGCCCGUAACUCUUGCUGAGAUCACUCUUGGAACAGCAGGGCAAGAUUUUUACGACGUCAGCCUUGUCGAUGGCUACAAUAUCCCCAUGAUAGUGGAAGGCACUGGCGGGUCAGGUCUUUGUGCUUCCACCGGGUGUACAACCGACUUGAACCGUCAAUGUCCGUCGGAGCUCCAGGUCGGGGACGGUGAGGCUUGCAAGAGCGCGUGUGAAGCAUUCGGGAGUCCCGAGUACUGUUGCAGCGGCGUGUAUAGCACACCCGCGACAUGUAAGCCUUCAGUUUAUUCCGAGAUGUUCAAGGCCGCUUGUCCCAGAUCUUACAGCUAUGCAUAUGAUGAUGCUACGAGCAAAUUCACGUGUACCGGAGCAGAUUAUACGGUCACUUUUUGUCCCUCUUCUCCGAGUCAAAAAUCUUCUCGAGAUUCUACUCCAGCUAUGACAGGAUCAGGUACAGAACCUGGGUUAACAUACUCGGGUAAUGGAUAUGGAUAUUCGGGUUAUGGAUAUCCUGGAUCUGGUUCAAGCUCUGGGUCAGGAUCAGGACAAACCUUGAUGACAGAUGGGUCAUGGUUAGCUGGUUUGGCAAUGGGAGAUUCACCAAGAACAACAGCCUCUCCCAGUUUUCUACCAUUUGCAGCAGUCAUGGCAUCAACAGCUGUUCCAGUCAUAUUUUCAUCUGUUUACUUGUAGCCCUUUCUCUCUAUUUCUGUAUUAUGGGGUUGUUAAAGAUGAUUUCUUU